AUGUGGUGCUGCGCGGCAAAAGUAUCUAAUUUUCUAAUGCGUUCGACAAUUGAACGAUGUAAACAGAAGGGUUAUGAAAUAGCUGUAUGUGAAACUAGAUCACCUAUUACGCGACACAUUAUGUUGAAUAAAAUUCAUGGUACACAAAUCGCAUGUGAAACGGAUAUUGUGAAGAAUAUAUCUCCGUCAGAAUAUAGUAAAAUACAGCGUCCUAAAACCCGGUUUGAGCACUACAUGAUCAUUGCUGACACUAUCAGAAGUUUUGCGAAUUGGAAUUUUCGAGAAGUUUCGCCCGGUCCUGCUUAUCGAACCCGUGAUGAACUUAUUGAAUGGAUUCGUGGUAAUGCCACUUCCGGAUUUCACUAUAUUGGCACAUGCUAG